CGGAGUAGGCUUUCUGCAGGGGCAGAACAUGAUGACGGAGUCUGUGUGGACGAAGUGGUUUGUGGAUUAGGAAGAGGGGUAACGGAUGAAGACAAAACCAAGGGAGGUAGGAGUGGUGAAGACAGGGGUGGUAGAAUUGUCGGAAGGUGGGUAACAGACGGCGAUAAAACCAGGGGAAAUAUAGGUGGUGAAGACGGGGGGGAUGAAGUCAGGGGUGGUGAAGUGGCUGAAGCAGAGACAAGGGGGGGCAGUCGUAGGUGAGACCCGAAGAGGGUACUCUGUAGGUGGUAAUGCAGGCAUGGCCACGGAUGCCAUGAAGGAACGCACCGAGACCAAAGGCGACAAAGCAACUGCGGUGGUCACGGAUGCCAUGGAGGAACACACCGAGACCAAGGGCGACACAACAGCCGCGGUGGCACCGGAUGCCAUGGAGGAACACACCGAGACCAAGGGCGACACAGCAGCUGCGGGUCGAGUUGCUCCCGCGGAAUCAAUCGUAGAAGCAACCAAGGUCGAUGAGGAAGAGGCCGCGAACCGAAAAGGAGCAGCCAGGGUCACAAACGGCAGGGAAGGGGUUACUAAGACUGAUGAGGACGCAGGUGCGGUAGACGCAAGUAAUGAAGAAGAGGUUGUGAUAGGUGUGGCAGGCGCCGAUAAUGAAGAAGGGGKUGUGACAGGCGUAGUCCGAGGACAGUGUGUGGAUACCCGAGAAAGCGGGUGAUGAAUAGACCAUCGAAGCAUGCUGCGGAACCAACUGGAGAGGUGGGUCACGUGCGCAGGGUACCUGUGUUGACGUUUACGGAUAUAGGAAGUCCAUCCUUUCGCAAGCGUUGUUGGAGAGUGCCCGCGAAAAAGCAUGCGGCGUGUGAGCAUCGCUGCUGCAGUUUUGAAAUCAUACCAGUUGUUGCAGACAUACUCAAACCUAGUAAGCUGGCCUGUAAACACUCCCGCUGGCUGGUGUGCAGGGACGUUAGACGUAGCACUAGGAUAACGAAUAACAGGGAAAUUC